AUGAACCAAGGGCGUCUUCUCACUAACGCGGAGAGAGCACGAAGACACCUCACAAGUGAUACGAAUUGCAAGAUUUGCGGCGGAGGACCGGAGACGACCCUGCACGUUGUCAGAGACUGCCCCUUUGCCCGAGCAACGUGGGCGGAUCUGCUGGAGGACGAGCCGGAUUCGAGAUUUUUCGAGCAGGAUGGCCAGAGGUGGAGCCUAUAUUAUCUUUCAGGGAAGAGCAACACCAUUGAUGCUACUAUUUUUGCAGGAACCUGUUGGCUGUUGUGGAAGAACCAGAAUGACUUCGUGUUCCAGGACAAGUUGAAAACCCAUACACAAGUCCAGUUCCACUCAAAACAGCUCCGGGACGAGAUCAUUAAAGCUUUCGACCAGGAGAAAACAGUUUUCGGGACUGGGGGCACCCGAGAGCAGCGCCUCGUUGGCUGGCAACCACCGGCGCAGGACUGGGUCUGUGUUAACACUGACGGCUCAGUCAAUCAUUCUCCGGAGAGCACUUCUUGUGGCGGCAUCAUACGGAGGAGUGAUGGCCGCUUCAUCAGAGCAUUCACUGCGAACCUGGGGAGAGGCUCUAUCACUCGUGCGGAGCUGGCUGGUAUUGUGUAUGGGUUGGAUCUUGCUUGGGAGCAAGGAGUCAGGAAAGUUCUUCUACAAACAGACUCAGCAACUGCAAAAUCCCUGAUUGAGAACGCAACCGAGCAGCAUAUUCACUUCUCACAGAUAAGCGAGAUCAGGCGGAUACUACAGCGAGACUGGACAUCUAUUGCGGGGCCAUUGGUGUUGAGGACACUAGCCGGAGGGCUCGAACCGCUGGUGUGCAGACCAGUUUGCUCCAUCACGACGCUGCUGCACUACAGCCAUUUGCUUCCGAGAAACCUGGACCGGUUGAGCCGCUUCGUCCGGCCCGAGUUGCUGGUUCGAGGCAACCCUUUGUUCCUCUUUAUCAUCAAUCUCCUGCGCUGUUUCUGGUCCUAA